ACCUUAGCUGUUUUAUCGAAUUUGCACAGUCUCAUCUGGACUAUCGAUGAUAUUGAGACGACGUCCAAUAUGUUUGUGAGCGAGAAGCUUACUCAAAAAUUGAUGCAAGAAUUAUCAGAUGCUUUAGUAGUCGCUUCUUGUUCUCUCCCUCCAUGGUGCAAUGAAUUAGUAUACAAAUAUCCUUGCUUAUUCAGCUUGGAAACAAGAAUUGAUUAUUUUCGAGCAACUGCAUUUGGCAAAUCACGCGCUGUUGUUUGGCUGCAAAAUCGUCGAGACAUGAUAAUAGAGCAGUCGCGUGGAGCUACCACUGUUAAUGCACUUCCAAAUAUGGCUGGAGGUAGGAGGGACGACCAUUAUCCAGAAUAUCGUAUUGGUCGUAUUAAACAUGAACGAAUAAAAGUUCCACGAGAUGAAGACUCGCUGUUUGAAUACGCAGGUCGUGUGAUGAAAUUUCAUGCACCUCGCAAAUCAAUAUUAGAAAUUGAAUAUAUUGGGGAAGAAGGCACUGGUUUGGGUCCAACUUUAGAAUUUUAUGCAUUGGUAGCUGCCGAGUUCCAGAAAAAAGCCUUAGCCAUGUGGAUCUGCGAUGAUAAUGAUGAAGACCAGUCGAGAACACUCGAUCUUGGUGAAGGAGUCAAGCCUCCUGGGUAUUAUAUACGUAGAGCUGGUGGCCUUUUUCCUGCUGCUACUCCAGCAAAAACAGAGGAAAGCAAGCGAGUUUCGGAUUUGUUCCAUAUUUUAGGAAUAUUCCUCGCUAAAGUUCUACAAGAUGGUAGAUUAGUAGAUUUGCCGUUGUCGAAACCUUUUCUUAAGCUUCUUGUUGCUCCAGAGGUUUCUGAGUAUCCCGAGGUACGCUUGAACAAUUUGCUUACACUCGAUGAUCUAGAAAUUAUAGCUCCUAUGAGAGGUAAUGUAUUGAAAGCUCUGGCUAAAUUCAUUGCUGGUAAGCGAGCUAUAGAAUCGAACAGGAGUCUCAAUUUGUUAAAGAAAAAAGAGAAACUCCAGGAGUUGAAAGUUGAGAUAAAUGGUACUUUCUGUCGUGUUGAAGAUCUCUCUCUUACCUUUGCUGUGAAUCCUUCAUCCUCGGUUUUUUCUUACGCAGAAUUGGAAUUAAUAGAGAAAGGCGCAGAUACGAAUGUAACGGUGGACAAUGUUGAUAGUUAUCUUGAUAAUUGCAUCGACUUUUUCUUAGUUGAUGGCAUUCGAAAUCAGAUAGAAGCGAUGCGCAGAGGUUUUGAUUUAGUUUUUCCGCUCAAAUCGCUAAGAUUAUUUACUGCUGAGGAAGUUCAAAAACUUCUAUCUGGUGAACAAUAUCCAGAAUGGACACGAGAAGAUGUGAUGAAUUACACAGAACCAAAAUUGGGCUACACUAAAGACUCUCCGGGUUUUCUUCGUUUUGUUGAUGUUUUGGUUGGUAUGAAUGCGUCAGAAAGGAAAUCGUUCCUUCAAUUUACCACGGGUUGUUCUUCUUUACCACCAGGUUAUUAA